UGUGACAUCAGCGCCAUUUUGGUUCAAUGUUGUGAUGGAAGCAGCGAGAAAAAUCACAAUCAGACAGAAAAAACAGCGAAAACCAGAUCAGAACGAGACCAGAUCGGAACGAGACCAGACCAGAACGAGACCAGAUCACAGCCGAGAAACCAAACUCAGAGAAUCAGUCGAAAUCUGGACGAGGAUCGAUCGGACUCGUUUUCUUCAGUAAUAACAGGUCUGCAGCUGCUGUCACACAUGUACAUCACAAUCAGAUCAUGUGAUGACUUCACAUCCCUCAUGAACAUGACACAUCUCCAUACAUCAGUAUCGUCGCUCUGACCGGACUCCAAGCAGCAUAAUCCGUGAUGAUUUAUGGAUUAAUACCUCAGGAGUUACACGAACAGCUCCUGGACCACCAGAACUAUCAGAACCGCACCAAUGGGGUAGAGGAGCUGAAGAACAUCCUCCUGGAGCUGGACCCCAACCAGGUGUCCUCAAGCAGUAUUGUGGAAUUCAUCCAGUUCCUACGGAAACUUCUAGAUGAUAACAACUUCAAAGUUUUGUACGGCACUUUACAGGUUAUAAACCUGCUGAUCGGGAAACUCGACUACAACGUGGACAGAUAUUACAAGGAGAUCGUUUCUGUGACACUGAAAACUCUGGGCGAUUCACGGAACGUCACCCGACAUGAAUACAUGAAUGUUUUCAGGCAGCUCACGAGGAUCGUGGGGCCCCAGAGAGUGUUGGAUCUCGUGAUCGGUCAGCUCAGGCACAAAAACUCCAGGGUUCGAGAAGACGUUCUGAACAUCAUCACCGCAGCUAUGCUCACACACCCCCGCAAGGACUUCAACAUCGGCAGCCUGUGUUUUGAAGUGGCUCCUUGCCUCGCCGACAGUAAGAAGAAGGUGCGACACGCGGCUCUCGAGCUGUUUGCCGUGUUCGAUUAUUGUCUGGACACGGGGAAGAAGCAGCCCCUCAUGAAGGCCAUCGACCAAGUGGAGCUCACAGGAGAUGCUGAAGGGCUCAUGGCCGCUGUGCAGGCGCGGAGAGCGCGACACAUCCUCCCGAGGCUGUCCGCUGAUGGGAUGGUGGAAUACGCCCUCGUUAUUCCUAAACCCGGACAGAGACGGUUACCUCAGUUCGGCUCCGGAGCGGAUCUGGACUGGGUUCUGAAUGGAGGCAGAGUUCAUAGUUCACACGGUCUCCAGAUGAGCGGAGAAUCGGAUCAGAUGUGUGGUUACGGAAGUCUGGGAUCCCUCACGGAUAAUGUUCCUUCUCAGAGGAGAAUCGUGAGCGCAGGGAAAGGGAAAAAUAAACUGCCCUGGGAGAAAUCAGCCCUCACUUCCUCUGUAGAGCGUCAGACCAGCAGCUCAGCUAAUGGGAAGUCACCUGAUCAGGUGUGUGAUGAAGAUCUGUCCGGUAGAACGAGUCGGGACACUGCUGCUAAACACAGUUCCUCAGAACAUCUUCAGUCUCCUGGCAGGUCACGGCGCUCUUUGGGUCGACAGCGCCGCAGUGGAAGUUUAGAUUUGGAUCCAGACAUUUUCAAAACGGCCAAUCACGCAGAGUCUGAGAAAGGUUUGCUCAAGUCGAGUCGUUUGUUGUCGUGUAACCCCAGUGUGGAGCGAACGUUCUCUCUUCCCUCCAACGCCACUCCCCCGGGGUGUUUCCUGCUGCCCUCGUACCCUUUGACCCCUCUGACAGGAAGUCUACUGACCACAACGUUACCUCGCAGAAAUCACAUGGACUCGUCGUUGUCUAUGUCCAACACGUGGCCAAACAAGCGUGACAUCAGUCCUCAUCGCAAGAGGGACGUCACUGGUGACGUGAGCUCCAGUAAACGAUCUCCUCUUCCUCCUCGUUCCUCACGGUUGAGUCGGUCUUCAUCUGUCCAUCAGAGCAGAGACACAGCGGCACUCGUCUCGCCGCGACCUCCCGACCCCCACAGGCACCCAGACAGACACCUGCAUCUGGAACUGUCUCACACGGAGGACGAACCACUCGACAGGGAGGAGAUGUUGAACUCGUUGCGCUCGCUGCGGAACAGCGCCGCUAAGAAGCGUGCUAAAGUCAGUGUGAGCGGGUCUGAACCAGAUCCAGACAGUCCAGAUUCUGCAGUGAAGCUCGAACUGGUUCCAGAUUCUCCCGAUCGAACGUCUCCGUCCGUCACCAGUCCUCUGAGUGAGAGCGGUCUGAGCAGUCUGUACUCGCCUCCGACACCCAACCACAACAACAACAACAGCCCAGAGAACUCUGCUGCAACACCUCAUAUGACACGAGUCACGUCAGGAAGACACACGACACCAUCUGCAGACGACUCCAGUGCUUCAGGUGUCCCGCAGCAGGAUAAGUGUGUGAGUGUGGUGGGUCAGAGACUCGUUUACUCCAGCAGAACGUUCGAUCAGGACGAGGAGAGACACAGAGAGAUGACAUCAUCACCUCAGAUCAGACCGGCCGGCCGCGAGCCGCUCCGCGCGAUCAGACCCGCUAAAGGGUCUCAGCCGCACAUGUCAAAGUCGUGCAGUGCUCGUGACAUGUCAGAGGGAGUGAUCGGACGAGGAGUGUUUGGUUCUGUCAUUCUGCCCAGUCGCCCCAGUGUAUCAGCGUCUCCUGAACAGGGCGACUCGGCCAAUAAAACCCCCCGUGAGCCGCCGUCAGCGGUGUACGGUCACGCGUUCCCCAGCGGACACAUGGACUCUGAUGACAGCACUGAACCGGACGAGACACUGGAGCGGGUGAAGAUGUCAAAGUUUGCUUGUGAUAAGAUGCAUCAGCGUCGUCAAGAGCAACCGGACACAUCAGCUGCUCAGGAGCCAAUGAGACGGCAUCUAACACACACACUCACUGAUGAUGUGGACUGUGUGAAAGGCGUCACAUUAAAUGGUUCUGAGAUGCUGUCAGAUGAAUUUGGACCGACCGGAACCCAGAAUCCAGUUAAAAGUUUGAGCCCCACCCAUCAGCCCGCCCCUCCGACCACCCCACCCAAUAGAAACACAGCACCACGAGUGAGACGAGCUGCUAGUCUGAACCGAACCCGAGUGACUGCAUCACACAGCUCUGAUGAGUUGAUUACCGGGACACCUAAAAAAGACCCUCAGGAUCAGACCGAUCUGCGGCCCUUCUCCAAACCUGAACUGGCCCUCACACAGAGCUUCAGACUCAUCAACACUGAUGACUGGGAGAAGAAGAUUGAAGGAAUGAACUUCCUGCGGAGUUUAGCUCAGUAUCAUCCUGAUGUUCUUCACAGCAGAACUCAUGACGUGUGUGUGGCGUUGAUUAAGGAGGUUCGGAACCUGCGUUCUGGAGUGUCUCGUGUUGCCGUGGUGACCGUGGGUGAGAUGUUUGGGGUGCUGCAGAAGGGAAUGGAUCAGGAGCUGGAGGGAUUGGUGCGAGCUCUGCUGUAUAAAGCUGGAGAAUCCAACGCCUUCAUCAGACAGGAUGUAGAUAAAGCGUUGGACAGUAUGGUGCACAACUGCACACUCACACGCAGCAUGAACGCACUGCUGACCGGAGGACUGAGUCACCUGAACUCAGUUGUUCGUAAGUGCACCGCGCGGCAUCUGAGCUGUCUGGUGGAGAAGGCCGGAGCCGCUCGCAUGCUGUCUGGAGCCAAAGAUCUCACCGAACGCAUUCUACCUGCCAUCUCAAAGCUGGCGCAGGACUCGUCACAAGAGGCCAGGUACUUUGGUCGUCGGAUGCUUCUGUUUUUAUCAUGUCACCGCGACUUUGAUAAAAUGAUGGAGAAGUUCAUCCCUGCUAAAGAUCUGCCGACCAUCAGAGAUGCCGUGUUCACUCUCAGCACUAAGGGUUUGGGUGAGAUGCCUCAGGACGUCCCGUCAGCACGCGGCAGGAGAUCUCUCCCCGGCAGUGGUCUCACGCGCACCUCUUCCCUCACUCGUGAACCUCUCGUGAGCAACAGGUGGGGCGCACACGUCACUCUCUCCAUCUGUGCAUGUCACUGUGCUGACUCUCGUGUGUUCUGCAGGGAUUGUGCUCCGUCGCUCAGUAAAGCCGCUCACAGUCUCACAGACAGAAGCGAUUACAUCAAACAGCUGAAGGAUCUGCUCAACUCAAAGGACUUCAGAGAGAGAAUGAAGGGCAUCGAUCAGCUGGUGUGUGACUGCGAGCAGAACCCGUCUCUCGUCAUCAGCAGCAUGUUCCCGGUGUUCGAUGCGCUGAAAGCUCGUCUGCAGGAAUCCAACAGUAAAGUGAACCUGCGAGUGCUGGAGGCGUUACAGAAGAUCAUCAGUUUACUGAAAGAUCACGUGACUCAAGUGCUGAACAUCAUCAUACCUGCGAUAGUGGACAAUCACCUCAACUCCAAAAAUACCGCCAUCUGCAGUGCGGCGCUGGCAGCCGUUCAAGCGCUCAUGGAUAACACAGACAAAAGUCUUCUGCUGCAGCCGUUCUGCUCAAAGGCUCAAUAUCUGAGCGGGAAAGCAAAGCUCGAUCUCAUUGAGAAAGUUGCAGAGCUGGUGAUGGAGCUUCACCCGUGCCGCCCGCAGCUGGUGGAGCAGAAGGUUCUUCCUCUCUUGUGGCAUCUGCUCAGUCACGGCAGUAACAGCGGCGCCGCUCACAGCCGCGCCGGCAACCUGAAGGCGGCUACCGCUAAACUGUGCAAAGCUUUACACGCCCACAUGGGCCAAACGCUGCUGGAGUGCGCCAGCGCGCAGAACGCAAGCAUUCAGUGCGACCUGAACGAGCUGCUGAGGAACCUGGCGUGAGACCACCGAACACAAACACCCUUUCUGAGAGUUCCCGCAGUGCCUGGACAUCGUGUCUUCUCCACGAGUCAUGCUACACUAUUAUUAAAGGAAGGAAGUCCUUCGCACCCAAUACUGUUUGUUGGUGAAAUGUUUAAUGCAGAUUUGAUCUGUGGGCAUCAGGUUGGACAGUUUAACGCUUAUUUUGCACUUUCACGAUCAUCGUAACACUAUCGUCAUGGCGACUAGAGCUCUAUAUGUGUCGGAUUGUGAGUUUGGAAUAUUGGCAGCGCUACACAAUGAAACAUUUGAAAUGCACAACAAUAAUAAUAAUAAUAAUAAUCCAGAUGUUUUGUUCUUCUCAAACUCACAGCGAGUGUUUUGUACUGUAUAAUAGCAGUAUUAGCGGUUUGUAUACGGAUGUGUUUGCAGUAUAUAUAUAUAUAUUGUAUCUUUUGUGGAUAUUUUGGCAUAUCUGUAAUGACUUAAUUAUUAAGUGAUGAUGGCCUGUUUCAGUGACCCGUCCUGGUUUUAUUUGCAUGAGCACAUUGAUCGGUACGGUUAAAAAAAGCAUAAAUAAUAUCACCAAUAUUUGUCCAGGUUGUAUUUUCGUACAGACGCCUCUAUCAGCUGUCCAUGUGACGCAGUUGUAUUUUUGUGAAUGUGAAGCUUUAUAAUAAUAAUAAUAAUAAUAAUAAUAAUAAUAAUAAUAAUACAGGUGAAUCGGUGUCCAGCUGUAGUUGUCUGUUUAGUGCCAGUCAUUCCUCAACAGCCUUUAUGAGAUUUCACUUUAAAUGAUCUAAAUCAGAGAUUUAUCUAUAAUAAAGUGUCUUA